AUGCCGUACCAGUAUCCUAUACAAGACCUGAAGUCAUUCGAUAUCGGCGAGGCCACGGAACAGCUCGAACUUUCGCAGUGUAGCAUGGACAGCUUCAACAGCGAACGUGCUUUCUAUCGAUCACUGGAGAACACUGGUCAGACCAACAUCGUCGAAGCAGCGGUUUCGACUCUUGAUUAUGGGAUCGUGCUCGAAUACCUUCAGCCACUUGAGGGCGCGUGGCAGUCUUCAUCAGUCGAGUCUCGAUCUCGGUGGAUCAAGCAGCUAUUGAGAGCCAAUGCAAGAAUCGAGGAACUCGGCUAUAUCCACGGCGACCUGGCGAUUAGGAACAUGGGUGUGGAUAAGAACGACAAUCUCAAAUUGUUCGAUUUUGGCUCUGUUCACCAGCAUGGCGAUGAAGCAUCUCUACGACUCGUUGAAAGAGAUGCUAGUCGGCUCGCCAAAUGCCUUCACUUCCUCAUGAGCGGAAAGGACCCUCUGGCAAAUCUCCCCGAUCUGCAAUCUUUGCGUCGUGUGGAAUGUGCUCUUGAAAAUGGCACCUUCGAGAUUGAUAUCCUGGCGCGUCCAAUCGAAAAAAUCUUGAAACUCUGUUGGGCGAAGGACUUGGCGACUAUUGGAGCAGCGAGCUCGAAGAUGGUUUUCCGGUACAUUGAAUACGCUAUCCUUCAAGUACUCGAUACCACUAGCAGCUACGAAGCGAGUCACAGAGUAACAUCAGACCAGUGGUCGGAGAAAGCGAUUGGAGUAUCGGAAACCCAAGGGCUUCAGGCACACUUCGUUCUUGACACAAAACGAUAUGACCUCACUCCCGAUCCCAGAUGGAUGGCCGAGGAGGAUUACAGUGAAGCGUGGAGAACUAGGGGAGUCACUAUAUGA